AUGGCAUCUCCAAUCGUCACGCUGAGCUUCACUGAGGCGACUCAGAAGCGCCGCACCAUCCGCGCUCUCGACUCAAAGACGACGGUCCCCGACAGCACCAUUGUCAAGCUGGCCGAGGCCGCCAUCCUCACCGUCCCUUCGGCGUUUGACAGCCAGACGACCCGGCUGACAAUUGUGUUCGGGGAGGAGCACAAAAAGCUCUGGUCCAUCACCGCCGACGCGCUGCUGGCGCGAAUUGGCGAGGAGCGCUGGAACGGGGGCACCAAGGACCGCAUCGCCAACUUUGCUGGCGCCUACGGGACCAUCCUGUUCUGGGACGACCAGUCGGGCGCGACCGCGAUGAAAGAGCAUUCCCCAGACAUCUACAAGGACAAGACGGACGAGUGGGUACAGCAGAGCAACGGUAUGCACCAAUACUACCUGUGGACCGCCCUCGAGGCCGUCGGGCUGGGAGUCAAUCUGCAGCACUACAACCCCCUCAUCGACGCCGAGGUGCAGAAGACGUGGAACGUCCCAUCAGACUGGAAGCUGAAGGCACAGAUGGUGUUUGGCGCUCCCAAGGAGGGCAGCGCGCCGGGACCGAAGCCACAGAAGCUUCCCUUGGAGCAGAGGCUGCAGGUGUUUGGAGAGAGUGUGUUGAAUUGA